GCAAACCCAGAUCUGGGUUCUCUCGCAAACUUCAUCUUCUUCCUCAUUUCCUUUCCUUGCUCAUCCUUCUUCCUUUUUCUUCUUAUUCUUUCUCUCUCUCUCUCUCUCUCUCUCUCUCUUCUCCUUUCUUCUUCCUCUUUCAAACCCAAAUCUGGGUUUUCCUCAAACCCAAAUCUGGGUUUUCCUCGAACCCAAAUCUGGGUUUCAUCACAUAACAUGGAAACUAAUCUCGAAUAUACUAAACAGCAAAGCCGAGAUCUCCUAAGCCAACUAAUAGAGAGGAACAUAGAUUAAAAAGAGUAAAGAAUUUCUAGAAAAAAAGCAAUUCGAGCCAAAUCACAUUCACAUACAAGCCAACUGCAGAUCUAAUCUCGAAAAUAAUCAACACGAAAACCACUUAAUCAACUCAAAAAAUACACAUAGAAAACACAAAAUAAGCAAAAGAACAAAACCAGAUCUAUACCCUCCUUUUCUUCCCCUUCACCUUGAUCACUUUCCUCUCCCUCGCUUUCACCUACUUCUUCCUCUUCACUCUCUACUGUUGCUACAGCUGCAGCAAGGGUUGAAUAAUUCCUUCUAAAAUACCCAUCAUCCACCAAUGCCGAACCCAGGCGGCCCCAGGCCUCCCCAGGCGUCCCUAGGCACCAAAUUCGGUAUUGAUGUUGCUGGAAAUGUUGCAAGGAACCUGGUUGAUCGAGAAGAACAACUCCAGAUCAGGUGGCUGGAAAUGUCUGUCCUUCGGUGGCUCCCUCUUCUUCUUGAACAAAAACGGCUUCUUCUUCGAAGGCAGAGGACACGCUGGUGCAGCCGGUACCUCGCUUGGUAUCCCCCAUCAUCCGCAACACCUCGUCGUACGUCGCCUCUUCCCUCCUGUCUUGGUGAUUUUUACAAAUUCUGCUAGGUGAUUGAGGGGGGCUAAAGGGUGGGCUUCAAACAAACCCAGAUCUGGGUUUGUGUCUCAAACCCAGAUCUGGGUUUGUGUCUCAAACCCAGAUCUGGGUUUGUGUCUCAAACGCAGAUCUGGAGAAAGAAGACGAAAGGAGACGAGAGAGAUCUGGGUUUUCUCAAAAUCCAACAUUGGUGCACACUCAAAAUGGUGAAAUGGAAAAAUGGAAUGGGAAUAGAUGUUGGAGGAGAUG